ACUAGGUGAAAAAAAAUUGGCCGAUGUACACUUGAGCAAGGCACUUAACCCUAAUUGCUCCUGUCAGUCGUUCUGGAUAAGAGCAUCUGCUAAAUGACUAAAAUGUCAAAUGGAGUUUAGGGGGCCGAGUGGUGCAGUGGUCUAAGGCACUGCAUCGCAGUGCUAGAGGUGUCACUACAGACCCGGGUUUGAUCCUGGGCUGUAUCACAACCGAUCGGGAGUCCCAUAGGGCGGCACACGUUAGGUCCACGUUAGGGGAGGGUUUGGCCAGGGUAGGCCGUCAUUGUAAAAAAAUAAUUUGUUCUUCACUGACUUGCCUAGUUAAAUAACAUUGAGUUAUCGAUUACGUGGGAGAGAAACAUAAACAAGGAGAACUUCACCCAAGAGACUGGAGUUGAGCAUAAUGAAUGGAGAGGGCUUGAGGUGCUGACAUCAUGUUAGAUCAUCUGAUACACUGGCGCAGGCUUAUUAGAUUCAUUGAAGCAGGGAAACCCAGAGGACAGACCUACAGGCUCGUCAUAUCAAAAUUCUCCACCUCGUCUCUCUAUAGUGUCAGUCUUUCUAUUAGAACUCCAUCACUCCCUCAGAUGUAGGAGCCACAGGGUCAACAUGUGAGUGAAUGUUACAUGCCCAUAGAAGUUGAAGUCACUGCAAAAUAACUUUAUGAGCAUAUUAGGUAUCUGAGUAUACCAAAGCUCCAACAGUGGUGUAAACAGAAAGGUAAUGUUUUGGAGUUUGAGGCUGUAACCCCCCCCCUGUUUAUACUGUAGCUCAGGGGUUGCUUAGCAGUUUCUGUGGUGAAUGUACAUGCUGUCCCUGCACAUAGCAGAGCGAUACGAUUACUAUGGAGAGGACAAAGAGCACCAGUAUAUGACCCCAUCAUUGCUGUUGCCGGAUUCAUCCACCAACUACUUACCAUUUGCGCUAUAAAUACAAUUCGAGUUAUCCUCUGCAGGUCCCAGGGCAACAGAGGAGCAGCACCACUGUUCCAACCAUGCCUAUCAACUCAUCCCAUGGAUAACACUUACUGCUUGAUAGGUGCUAGAAUGGAUCAGCUGGUUAUAUAAAUGUUGUGAGUGAUGCUGAUUUGUCCAGGGCAAUCCAUCCCACUAUGAGGCAGCCUUCCUGAACUCUUUGGGGGAAAAUAUAGCUGCUCUUUUGUAUGGCGAGUCUAAGUCAUUAAACCGGAUAAACCAGUUAUUAAGCCAUUGUAAUUAGAUAGAGAUUGAAUAACAUUAGCUAGCCAAGGGGGAACUAAGAGAGGAGACAGGCUCCACCCCCCAGUACCACUCUCAGAAGGUGAUUCAGAAGUCAUGGCUGACCACAACAAGGUAUUGCCCCGUCCUCUUUUCCGCCGAGAUGUAAAUUGGGAUCCUUUCCGUGAGUGGACACAGCCUAGCCACAUGAUCAUGGAGAAGGACUCUGGCCUCCCUCCUUUCCUGGAUCCAGGCGAUGUGAGCUGGAUAGAUUGGGCUAGGAAUACAUUGGCAUCAUCCUCCUGGCCAGGGUACAAACACUAUCCACUCUUCAGCCUCAGCACUGUUCUUCCUGCUGCAGUGGCACCCCAGACUUCAGCCAGGCUUCAGAGGCAACUGUCUGGAGGAGUGUCAGCGAUCAGGACGGAACAGGGCAGUUGGAGGUUCACCCUGGAUGUUAAUCACUUCUCACCAGAGGAGAUAUCAAUCAAAACCAAGGGGGGCUUCCUGGAGAUUGCAGGUCAACAUGAUGAAAGGGAAGACGAACAUGGAUCAGUCUCAAGGUGCUUUAUAAGGAAAAACAAGCUGCCCCCUGGUGUGCACUUGCAGCACAUCAGCUCAUCUCUGUCUGGUGAAGGGGUUCUCUUAGUAGAAGCACCUCUACCAGGCUCAGCUACCACCAUCCUCCCCAGUGACAUGGUCAUCCCCAUUCAGAUCAAGCAUGAGCAGGAGGGGAAAGAGUGAAUCCAGUUGUCUAGAUGUUGAGAUCCAUCACAAUUAGAUAUACAUCUUGGGGUAAAGCUUAGAAGUGAAUGACAGUGUUGACAACUUUUGACAAACAUGUGAUUGUGUAUUAGGUCUUGGUCAUUCAAAAUGACAAACAUAGUGGCUUCUAUUGCUGUUGAAACCCUAUAAUUUAAUUUACUCUCAUUGUAACCGCAAGGUUGUCAGCUUUUUCUAUGCAUUUGGGUUAAUCAUGUCCCAUGAUUUAACUAGCAAAACUAAGAUAAACAGAAAUCAUCAAGACUGAUGAAAUGUACUUACUCAUUUGUCAAAUGAUAGGUUAAUUGGGAGUAAAAAUGACCAUGCGUAGGGCAAGGCGUCCCACUAGCGGGACAACUUCCAGUGAGGCUGGAGGGCGCGCAAUUCAAAUAAAUAAUCAUAAAAAUGAUGGAUAUUAAACAUUUAGGUACAUACAAGUGUCUUAUAUUGGUUGAAAGCGUGUUAAUUUAACUGCACUGUUCGAUUUACAGUAGCUAUUACAACAAAAGCAUGCCAUGUGAUUGUUUGAGGACGGUGCCCCAAAUCAAAUUAUUUUUCCACUGGCACAGGUUUCAUAAAUUCACAAAUAGCGAUGAAAUAUUCACUUACUUCUUGAAAAUUAUCCUCCAAUUUGUCAUCUAAAGGGUCCCAGCUACAACAUGUAGUAUUGUUUUGUUAGAUAAAAUUCUUCUUCAUAUCCCAAAAAGUCUGUUUACUUUGCGCCAUCGAUUUGAGUAAUCCACUCGUUCAACAUGCAGAGAAAGAAAUCCGAAAAUCUAAACUUUGUUUCAACAAGUCAAAAUACGUUUCUAUUUACUCCUCGGAUACCCUUACAUUUACAUUUACAUUUAAGUCAUUUAGCAGACGCUCUUAUCCAGAGCGCCUUAAAUGUUAUCAAGCUCUAAUAUUUCUUAUGGAAAGA